AUGGAGUUGGAACUUGAUGUGGCAUGUCGAUCCAAACCUAUGGAUGAUGGGGCUGAUGAUAAGGGUCUUGAGGUGGAUGGUAAUGAACUGAAAGAGAUAAAUGAUGUGUUGAUAGAGGUACAAGAUGGAAUGGUGAAGAUGAAUAAAAUUAUGGAAGAAGGUUUUCAAAGGAUAAGCAGUAUGUUUGGUGGGUAUGAAACAAGGCUCAAGGCUGUGGAAUCGUUUGUGAACUCUCAGGGAUGGAAUGAUAGGGGUGAUUUUGAUUUUGAUAAGCAGUAUCGCCCUCGAUCUAGUUUUUGGACUCAUAGUGAUUGCUCUGGUGGUGGACAGAAGCAAAAGGAAGCAAAAAGAGUGGAGAAUGAUCCAUUAGAGAAGGAUCCGAAGACUGAACUAGAGAAGGAGCCGAAGAGUGGAGUGGAGAAGGAGACAAAGGCAGAAGCUAUCGAGAAGGAGCUAGAGGCAGAGGAAGCCGAGAAGGAUCCGGAGAGUGGAGUAGAUAAGGAGGCAGAAGCUGAGAAGGGGGAGGAGAGUGAAGUGGAGAAGGAGCCAGAGGCAGAAAAACAUAAUGAAGUUGUUGGUGAGAAGAGGAUUAAGAAGCCAUCAGCAGCAAUGAGGACUCCCUAUAGGGCUCCGAACCCAGCAAAGAGGAGCAAGAAGAAUUGA